ACCUGCUGGAAAUACUGUGAAGUAUCAACAAUGAACUCGAUGUUAAUGUUAUUUUUUUCUGGAAUAGUUGCCUGUUGUGCUCACUCCACUGGUGGUUCAGUAUCCAGGUUGCUCCUCAUGUCCUUUGAUGGCUUUAGGGCCGAUUACUUGGAAACCUAUAAGCUUCCUCAUCUUCAGGAGUUCAUCGAGGGCGGUGUGCUUGUAAAGCAGGUCACGAACGCUUUUAUCACCAAGACUUUCCCAAACCAUUAUACCAUAGUGACAGGUUUAUAUGAAGAAAGCCAUGGCAUCGUGGCUAACGACAUGUACGAUGCAGAUGCCAAGAAGAAGUUUUCACAGUUCAACGACUCUGAUCCCUUUUGGUGGAAUGAGGCAGUUCCGAUUUGGGUAACAAAUCAACAGCAAGGAAACAGAGCAAGUGCUGCUGCAAUGUGGCCCGGUACCGAUGUAAAAAUUAACAAUACAACCCCACAGUUCUUCAUGAAGUAUAACUUUUCAGUAACGUUUGAGGAGAGAGUGGAGAAGAUUGUUGCGUGGCUGAACAGCUCGACUCCGGUAGUCAGUUUUGCUACGUUAUACUGGGAAGAACCAGAUGCAAGCGGGCACAAGUACGGACCAGAUGACACUGAGAACAUGCGCAAAGUGUUAGAAGAAGUGGAUAAACAUAUUGGUUUCCUUACUAAUAAACUGAAGUCAGUGGGUUUGUGGGACACUAUUAAUAUCAUAAUAACAAGCGAUCACGGAAUGGCCUCCUGUUCUGCGCAGAAGCUGAUUAACCUGGACGACUGCAUUGGCCGCAGUGACUACACUCUGAUAGACAAGAGUCCAGUUGCUGCAGUGCUGCCAAGGCAGAACAAGAGAGAUGUGUAUAACCUACUGAAAAAAUGCAGCAGUCGCAUGAAAGUCUAUCUGAAAGAAGAAAUUCCAGACAGAUUUCACUAUCGUCAUAAUAAGAGAAUUCAACCCAUAAUUCUGGUGGCGGAUGAAGGCUGGACAAUCGUGCAAAACGAAUCACUUUCAAAGC